AUGUCUGCCACAGCCGACACCGAAAGCCUCGCACCUUUGCCAACGCUUCUGCUCCGGAACCGGGUCCCAACGGGUCGAGCCGCUCCACCCGUUUGUCGUUGCAUCAUUCUCUCUCGUCUCUUCUAUCACCUUCCGCGUCUUCACCAGCAAGUGUAUCUGUCGCCUCUGUUGCCAGGCUUUGGCGAGACGGGCGAAAUGAUGCAGCUUCGUCACCUUGACGCCAACCGGAGGGAGACAACCAACAAAUCGGCCAAGCCUGUACCGACUCCCGAAUCCCACCCCUCCGGCUUCCGGCCUGCAUCGCCUACAGCGCCGCUCUUCUCCGCAGUCUCCGGGUGCAUACAGCGCCACGUCUCAGAGACAAACAGAAACUGA